AGAGUCAUCUUUAAGCAUUAAAGUUGUGUAGCCAAAGAUAGAAAUGAAAUUUAAGUUUUAAACUACGAUCAUUUCUUAACGAAACGUCAAACAGUAACGGUCAUUAGAUAAAAACAAACGGAUAAUUACUGAUCGUUCUGAAACUAUUAAGUAAACAAAGUAUUUAACACACAAUCAACAUGGGUCAUUUAUCAACCUCGGAACGCGUCAGUACAACCAGUUGUGCCGAAACUACACAUACCACCACCGACAACACAGCCUUAAAACAACGUUUGACAAAUGGCAAAGUGACAGCCAAAAAUGGUUUUCCCACCGCCAAUGGUCAACCCUUGGUGUCAGCCGCCGAUGGAGAAGUAAAAAUCAUACAAAAUAAAUAUCAUGUCAAUUUGGAGGAAUACACACGUAAAUUUAAGGGCGAUAAAGUGUUUGGUAUUCAGUUCAAAGCUCCUCUUAAAUGGCACAAUGUCAUAAUGAUCUCUGCAGCUCAUAUUUUCUUUUUGGUGUGCCUUGUUCUAUAUCCAUUGGAAAAGUUAAAAGUACUAACUGUUUUAUGGGGUAAGUACAACAAUGAUGUUGCAAAAGUAUUUCGUAAUCCCAUUAAAAUCAUUUAUUUAAUCCUAUUACUUUUCAUAUUUCUCUAUUUUUAGAAUUCUUUAUACGACUGGGUACGUGAUCAUCGUGUUCAUCAUAAAUAUUCUGAAACUGAUGCUGAUCCUCAUAACUCGAAUCGUGGCUUCUUUUUCGCUCAUGUCGGCUGGUUAAUGAUGCACAAACAUCCCGAAGUAUUGCGUCGUGGUCGUCAAAUCGAUAUGGGUGAUAUAUUGGCUGAUCCUGUUAUACGUUUCCAUGAGAAGUAUUUCAUUCCUUUGAAAAUGAUCUUCUGUUUCAUUUUGCCCACCGCUAUACCCAUUUAUUUCUGGAAUGAAGAAUUCCAUUUGGCUUUUAUGACUCAAUGUGUAUUCCGUUAUAUUUCAUCGUUGAAUUUCACCUGGUCGGUUAACAGUGCUGCUCAUAUGUGGGGUAAUCGUCCUUUCGAUAAACGCAUUAACCCUAGUGAAAAUGUCUAUGUAUCGAUCAUUGCCAUGGGUGAAGGUUGGCACAAUUAUCAUCAUGUCUUCCCCUGGGAUUACAAAGCAGCUGAAUUGGGCAAAUAUGUUUUUAAUUUCACCACCAUGGUACUUGAUGCUUUUGCCAAGAUCGGUUGGGCCUGGGACAUGAAACAGCCUUCGAAGGAUUUGGUGAAACGUACUUUGGAAAAAUACGGUGAUGGUACCCAUCCUUCUGUGAAAGAUAUGCACUUAACACAUGAAGGUCACAUGAACUGACAUAUUACCGAAGUUCCUGAUCCUGAAACAGAGUCUUUGCACGAUGAAGAUGAAGCCGAAUCAUCCUCCACCGAAAGCACAAAACUUGAUGAAAAUGAUAAUAUGUCGAAAAAAUCGAUGUUAGCUUAGGUUCAAGUAGGUGUUACAGAACUCAACAAAAAUAUUGUCAUGGGAGGUUGUUCAUUUAAUUUUUAUACAAAAAGUCAUAUUUUUUUAAAUUUAUU